GCCCUCUCUCCCCCUGUCGGUCCCGAGGCCUCUGAGCCCCCUUCCUGGAGAUCCAGGAGAUGAGCCGCGCCACGGUAGCUCCUGCGAAGGAAUUGGAGCAAGUGUCCGAGUCGAAGAGGCUGGAGGUCGGGGGACUGUCUAAAGACUCGUGGAAUGAGACUGAUCUGAGGUCGCUCCCCGAAUACCUGCCGGAGUCUGAGUCUGAGCCAGAGCUGCUUCAUAGAUCCCUGAAGGAGAAGCCGAAAUUGGUGCAGCUCCCGGAUUACUUACCGGAGUCUGGAUCUGAACCCGAGCUGCAGAAGCAGGAGUCCAAGGAACUGGACCCGCAGCCGCGCCCUCAGUCUCUGCAGAAACUCGAGCCGGAGCCAGAGCCGAACCCCGAAUCCUCGCAGGAGACACGACCCGAGCCGCACCCUGAAACCCUGCAAGAGGAGAGGUCUCGGGGCGAAUCCCUUCAAAAGGCAAGUUCCCAGGGUGAACUCCUGCAGAAGGCGAGUUCCCAGAGUGAACCCCUGCAGAAGGCGAGUUCCCAGAGUGAAUCCCUGCAGACGGCGAGGUCUCUAGGUGAACCCCUGCAGAAGGCGAGUUCCCAGAGUGAAUCCCUGCAGACGGCGAGGUCUCUAGGUGAACCCCUGCAGAAGGCGAGUUCCCAGAGUGAAUCCCUGCAGACGGCGAGGUCUCUAGGUGAACCCCUGCAGAAGGCGAGUUCCCAGAGUGAAUCCCUGCAGACGGCGAGGUCUCUAGGUGAACCCCUGCAGAAGGCGAGUUCCCAGAGUGAAUCCCUGCGGGAGACGAGUUCUCAGGACGAAUCCCUGCUGGAGUUGAGUUCCUACAGCGAAUCACUGCCAGAGAUGGGAUUGUACGGGACAUCCCUGCAGCAGGUGAAGCCGCUACCAAAGUCCCUGCAGAAUAUGGACGAAGUCUUGGAAGCAUAUCUAGCGCCAUAUACCGAUUCAAACGGGGACUACGAAUUACCUGUACCGCUACGGCGGUCACGGACACAAUUAAGCCCUUCCAAGGAGGCCUUGGAGCUCUCUCCAUCUAUGCCCCCAGCCGCCCCCUCGAGGGAAAAGCCUGCGCCCAAGAAGCCCCGCCUCCACACCGACUGCCUGGAGGCCCAGCUCUCUCGCGCCUUCCACAGCCUGGGUUGGGCAGUCGGCGCGCACCCCUGGAUCUUCCUGCUGGGGCCCCUGCUGGUGACGAUGGUCUUAGGCUCGGGAUUGAUGUUCCUGUCCAGCGAUCAAGAGGAGGACCUGGAGGCGCUGUACACCCCAGUGGGGAGCCCCGCCAAGGCGGUGCGGCUCUUCGUCCAAGAACAUUUCACCUAUUCCAACGAUUCUUGUAGCUUCUCCUACAUCAGAGAGAGUAAAGAAGUCAACUUCGUUUCUAUCCUGGUGAUCUCCAACACUGACACGGUGUUGGACAGGGCGACUUUGUCAGAGAUCAAAACACUGGACAACAUCGUGCAAGGUCUAUCCGUGACCAUGAAAAACGGGAGCCACUUCUCCUACCGAAAGUUGUGCGCUGUAGACAAGCGCAGGUGCGUGCCCUCCAACCCGUUCCUGUUCGCCUGGCGGGUGAACACUAACAUGGACUUGAAGAGCCUCACCUACCCCAUCCACAACCAGUCGGGCCAGCCCAUCUACCUGGCCGGCAAUUUGGGGGGAGUCACCUUAGGUCAGAGCAGAGGAGUGAACCGGCUACUCCUGAAAGCUAAAGCCAUGAAGCUGAUUUAUUUCCUGGUAACUGAGGACAGAGAGUACAAUGAACACAGCAAGAAGUGGCUGGUCAAAUUUCUGGACCAAUUUGAAGGCAUUUUCAAGAGUUUAGCCUUGAAGAACAUCCAGGUGGUCUACUUCACAUCACUUUCUAGAAAACUUGAAUUUGAGGCAACUUCUAAGACAGUGAUGCCUUUGUUUCACUUGGGGUACAUUCUAACAAUGGUAUUUGCAGUCAUAUCCUGCUACAGGGUUAACUGUAUACAAAACAAAAUGUGGGUUGCAGCCUUUGGAGUGAUCACUGUUGCCCUGGCAGUGGUGACCAGCUUUGGUCUCUUGCUGUACAUUGGGGUGCCAUUUGUGCUCAUAGUUGCAAAUUCGCCAUUUCUUAUCCUAGGUGUUGGAGUUGACGACAUAUUUAUCAUGAUUUCUGCCUGGCAGAAGACCAGCCUUGGACAUAACAUCGAAGAGCGAAUGGCUAAUGCCUAUUCAAAGGUGGCAGUGCCCAUUACAAUGAACACUGUCACCAAUGUCUUGGCCUCGUACACAUGGAUUAUGUCCUCAUUCAGUGCCAUCCGAUACUUCUGCAUCUAUACAGGAACAUCCCUGAUCUUUUGUUCCUUGUAUAGCAUCACCUGCUUUGGAGCAGUUAUGGCCCUAGACGGCAAAAGGGAAGUAACAUGUCUCCAGCACAUGACAAAGUCGAACAUAAAAUGUAACAAAAAAUCUCAGAUAAAAAAGCUGUGUUGUUACUCAGUAGAUUCUACUAGCGAAGACAACACUGAAAACCAUCCAAUCCAUUUGUUCUUUAGAGAUCAUCUGGGUCCUUUUCUCUUUCACCCCAGGUCCAAAAUUGUUGUAAUGGUUCUAUAUGCUUUGUACAUGACAUGUAGUAUAUUUGGGUGUUUGCAGGUAAAGGAAGAUCUCGACCUCCGGAAUAUGGCAAGCGAUAGUUCCUACAUCAGAUCGUAUAUAAAUGUACAUAAUCAGUAUUUUUCAUAUUAUGGCCCCAGGGUUAUGGUUGUUGUUAAUGGAACUAUUGCCUAUUGGAAUAAAAAGACCAGAGAGAAACUGGAAAAAUGUCUGAAAGAUUUUGAAAACAAUGACUAUGCAGAUGAACAUCUUACAGAGUUUUGGUUACAGGGAUAUACCCAAUACAUGGAAGCUAACACACUUGAUGUCAAUAACAAGAAUGUUUUUAUAAACAAUAUUGACAAAUUUUUUAACACUUUUCCAGAUUUUAUGUAUGAUCUCAAUAUUACAUCUUCACAUAAAAUUAUUUCUUCCCGGGCCUUCAUUCAGACCAAAAGAGUGUCUUCUUCAAGUAAUCAGACUACCAUGUUAUCUCAGUUCCGAAGCAUAGCCAACAGCUGUGAGAUUCCCUUACUGGUGUACAACCACAAAUUCAUAUAUUAUGAACACUUUCCUGCGAUUAUAGAAAAUGCUAUUCGAAAUGUCAUUGCUACAGUAGUAAUUAUGUUCCUUGUUUCCUUGUUGUUCAUCCCUCACCCGGUGUGCUCCCUUUGGGUGGUUCUUGCUUUUGCUUCUGUGAUUGUGGGGGUGACAGGUUCCAUGAUUUACUUGGAUGUCAAUAUGGAUUCCAUAAGCAUGGUCACUCUCAUCAUUUGUACCGGGUUUUCUUUCCGUUUUUCUGCAUACAUAUGCUAUCUAUAUGCUUGUACUUCCAUGCCCUCAGCAGAGCAAAAAUCAAUCGAGGCAUUGUAUCUGCUGGGCUACCCAGUGUUACAAUGUGCGCUUUCAACAGUAUUAUGUACGUGUGGCUUAGCUGCAGCUAAGGCCUACGUCUUCAGGAUGUUUUCUAAGAUUAUGUUUCUUGUUAUGGCAUUUGGGGCUCUUCAUGGCCUAAUUUUUAUUCCGGUAUUCUUAACCUGUGUUGAUUGCUUAUUUUGGUGAUACGCAUUUUAUGAUGAAUGCAGUGAACGUGGGAAGGCCUUUAUUUUGCAACGUCACCAUUUAGUUUGGCAAAGCAUUACAGACAGUCAGGAGUAGGUCUGACUUACUUAAUGAGUUUUGUGUUUGUAAAACAUCUGUCUAAGAAUGAUAAUUUCAAAUAAAAAUGAAAAAUAGUGAUAAAUAUAUUUGGACUGAAAUACUUAAAUGUUUCCAUACAUAAAAGUAUAAUUAACCUUAACACAGUCAAAUUAUCCUGAACCAGAAAUCUAAACCAUCUAUAAAGAAUUUAUUUUCAGUAACAUAUAGGCCACAGAGAAGCCUGUUGAUGUAGUCACCAAAUUAAAAUUUGCUAAUGAUAAAAUACAAUCUUGAAUUAUAUUAA